AACAAAAUAUCUGUCUGUAAAUCCUUUCAUAAGCGUCGCGUAGACAUAAACCCUGAAAACCCUAAUUUCAAUUCAUAUUAGCCCUUUUCAUCUUCUUGUUCUUCACUGUUCCACCUUCUUGGUUUUCAAUGGAGGAGCAAUCACUGAAUAUUCCCGAAACCUUCGUGUACGACACUCUCAGUCCCCUCGCUCUAUCCGCCGCCAAUUUCCCAUCUCCCGAUAACGGCGAAUCCUACUCCGUUUUCCGCAACGAGAUUUCAGUCGAUACUCCCCAACGCGCUUCUCCCACCUCCACCACCGUCGAUUUCUUCUCCCUCGACGUUACUUCCGAGGCCCACGGCGGCGUCUCCCUCCCAGAGCCGGUCGCCGCAGCGCCCGAACCGAAGACGCCGACUCCUGCGCCAGAGCCGAAGCUCGAGAGUGUCUGGUUCGGCGGGAAUUGCAAAUUUAAGAGUCCUAUGCUUCAGCUGCAUAAAGAAAUAGUGGAUUUUUGUGAGUUUUUGUCACCAACUGUUGAAGAGAAAGCUGCACGGGAUAUGGCAAUAGAAUCCGUGUUUGGAGUUAUAAAACACAUAUGGCCUCAUUGUCGGGUGGAAGUAUUUGGGUCAUUCAGGACAGGGCUGUAUCUUCCCACCAGUGAUAUUGACGUUGUGAUUCUGAAAUCAGGCUUGCCAAAUCCACAGAUUGGACUGAAUGCAAUUUCUAAAGCAUUGUCCCAAAGGAACAUGGCUAAAAAGAUUCAGGUCAUUGGAAAGGCGCGGGUACCAAUUAUUAAAUUUGUUGAGAAGAAGAGUGGUCUUGCAUUUGAUAUAAGUUUUGACAUUGACAAUGGACCCAAAGCGGCUGAGUAUAUUCAGGAAGCAGUACUUAAGUGGCCACCCCUAAGGCCCUUGUGUUUGAUUUUGAAAGUAUUUCUGCAGCAAAGAGAGCUAAAUGAGGUAUAUUCUGGUGGGAUUGGCUCGUAUGCCCUUCUUGCCAUGCUGAUGGCAAUGUUGAAGAAUCUUCGCCUGAGCCAAGCUUCUGCAGAGCACAACCUGGGAGUCCUUUUGGUGCAUUUUUUUGAUUUCUAUGGGCGCAAAUUGAACACAUCAGAUGUUGGUGUGUCCUGUAAUGGGACAGGCACUUUUUUUGUGAAAAGUAGUAAAGGGUUUUUAAACAAAUCACGGCCAAGUCUUAUUUCCAUCGAGGAUCCUCAGGCACCAGAAAAUGACAUUGGGAAGAACUCCUUUAAUUAUUUCCAGAUCAGGUCAGCUUUUUCAAUGGCAUUUAAAAAUUUAACGAAUCCCAAGAUCAUCAUGAGCUUAGGACCGAACAGGAGCAUUCUGGGGACUAUAAUCCGACCAGAUCCUGUUCUGCUGGAGCGUAAAGGUGGCUUGAACGGGGAUGUGACUUUUGAUAAGUUGCUUCCUGGUGCUGGCGAGCCAUUACAACAACAGUAUGGAGAACAGGACAUGUUAUGCAAUUGGCAGUUAGAUUAUGAAGAAGAACCACUACCACGGGGAGGCGACGCUAGUGCAGAGCCUAGCUCACGUUAUUCAGCAAAGAAGAGAAAAUCUGGUUCAAAGAAUUCCAGUAAGAAGCUAAAGGAAAAUGGGAUGAAAGGGAAUGAGGAGAAUGACUCUAGAAAAGAGAAGGAUAAAAAAAAGAGACGAAAGAGAAAAGCUCAACUAGAAGACAGCGGUUCUUAGACCAGACGCCGAGUUGCUGUGAGGUUUCUUACAAAAUGACUGUGGUUUGAAAAUGAAGGAAUAAAGGCAUCAUCAGAGUUAAAGCAAAUUUGAGUCCAUUGUUGUCACAGACCCAAGAUGCGAGCUCUAUUCCUUCCAUUCCUGCAAAUUAUCAUUUUUUAAUUUUUAUUGUUUCCCCAUUAGAUAAUUGGUUUCAAUGUCUGUAUUUUUGAAAUAGCAGAAUUCUUAUCCCUAAAUCGAGAGAGGAGCGUUAGUCUUAGAGAUUAAAUUUAGUUUAUUUAUUUAUUUAUUUAAAUAUAGGUGUGAAACUUGCUGUUUUAGGACCUGGGGAUUAGGAUUAAAAUUUUGUAAGGGAUAAACUAUGUUGUUGUCUGUCCUUUUUUUUGUUAAAGAAGCUAUGUAAACCAAUCUGACGAUGAAAGAAAUACUAGAGGAGAGUAUGCCAUAUGGUUUUGUUCAAAAUGAAUGCAAUCAAUCAUUUAUCUGGUUUUGAUA